AUGGCUGCUGUCCGGCGGGAGGCGGCGGGGACGGAGCUCUCUGUCGCGGAGAACGCCUACCGCAAGGCCUGCAGCGCCUUUGAAGACCUCACCUUGCCUCGGCACUACCACCGCAUGGUCGAGCUGUUUAGCCUCGUCCCGAUCGGUCUGCCGCCGAUCGCAAACAUCGUGCGCAAGCACAUCACCGACGCCGGCCUCGCGCUGGAGCUGCUCGACCUCGACGGCGUGUACAGCGAGAUCAUCGGCUCGACGUUAGGCGAGGGCUACUUUAACGGCGACGCGACGUUUCUCAAGGCGGCGAGGGAGGCUUUCGAGGAGUUUGUCAACAAGGACAUCGGCAAGAGCGCCACCGCCGAGCUGCUCUCCAACUUUUGCGACAACCUGCUCAAAAAUUCGGGCGCGCUGCUCUCGGACGAGGCGCUCGAGGACAAGCUCGAGAAGGUGGUGCGGCUCUUUGGCUAUCUGUUCGACAAGGAGGCAGCUCGCGAAGCGCUGCUCCUGGCGCCCUCAGUGGGCGCUAGCGCAGAGCGCUCGAUGAUCGCCAAGCUCAAGCUGCGCGGCGGCGCGCAGUUCACUCACGACAUGGAGGGCAUGAUGACCGACAUGAGGUUGUCGCAGGACAUCCAGUCCGCCUUCGCCGAGCACGUCAAGGACAAGGAGCUCGAGCACGACAAGGUCUUUUCUCUGGAAACAAAAAAGGACAAGGAGCUCGACCUGACGGUGCAGGUGCUCACCACCAAAUUCUGGCCACAGUACAAGUCGGACGAGCUCAAGCUGCAAAAGGAGAUGCUGCAGUGCGUCGAGGCCUUCAAGGCCUUUUACGACUCACAUACCUCGCACCGCCGGCUGCGGUGGGCCUGCAUCCUGCUGCUCUUCAACGAGGCGGACUCGAUGACCUUCUCCGACAUUCAGGGCCGCCUCAACCUGCCCGCCGAGGAGCUCAAGCGCUACGAUCCGGCCGGCAGGGAGGUCGCGCCGACCGACACGCUGAGCUACGCCACCUUCUCCGACCGCCAGCAGCGGAUCAAGGUGCGGAGGAUCGCCGCGGAGAUGACGCAGGAGGAGAAGGACGCGGCGCUGAAGGAGGCGGAGCAGGAGCGCAAGCAUGUCGUCGAGUGGGGAAUCAUCAAGGUAAUGAUGAGCGAGAAGCGGGUGGAGCACGAGGAUCUGGCUGAGAAGGCGCAGGCCUUGAUCAGAACGAGGCCAAGGUGGACCACGAGCUGGACCAACUUCACCCUGGCGAGGGAUUACUUCGACGCGAUGGUCGUGGACCUCAUCCGCCGGGACAUAAAAAGAAAAAACACCAUGGCGAAAAUCGUUUAA